AUGGCGUCACCAAACGAACACGAACACCCCCCACAACGGCCGGCGCAACGGGAACAACCACCAGAGUCCCCGCGCAAUGGCGACGAUGGCGCUGGGGGCUCAGGGCAGGAAAGCACACUCGAUAAUGCUUUUGGCCUCGCACCCCAGCAAACUAAACACCAACGACCGGCCCUUUUCUCAGACGACUACAAUGACGGCAACGACAACGCCUCCUUAACCUCAAUUCCUUCCAAUACCGCCUCUUCCGAAGCCGUAACCUCCCCGAGCGCCUCCAUCCCCCCAUACUGGUCGCACUCGCGCGCCGAACAGCAACAAGGCCAACUACGACCACAGACGUUGGGGCACUCGCGCGUGGUCUCUAGCGCUUCGGUCGAAUCCGUGCUACCCCCGGGCGCCAUCACACUACAAGACAACGAACGCGAUGACGAAGACGAAGAAGGGGACGGGAAUGGGGAUGGCGUCAAUGGCAACGGGACCGGGCGCGGAGCGGAGAGCGCCGGUCGACGGAGUAACAGUAGCGAGUUGUACGGGCGGGACCGCAACCGGGCGUGCUGGGCGCGCAGUGUGCGGGUGACGGACCAUGUUAUGGUCAAUGGGAGCACGACGAAUAUCGGGGCGUUUAUAGUGUGGAAUAUACGGGUCGAAACGUUGAAUGGCUCUUACAUGAACAUCUGCAAGCGCUACUCCGAGUUCGACGAUCUCCGCCACCGGUUGGUUCAAACCUUUCCGAAUUUUGAGGCGGCGGUGCCGGCGCUGCCGCCGAAGAGUGUGUUGAAGCGUUUCCAGCCGCGCUUUCUUGAGAAGCGGCGGGCCGGGUUGCAGUAUUUCUUGAACUGCAUCCUCCUCAACCCUGAGUUCUCUGGUUCUCCUGUGCUCAAGGAGUUUCUUUUCUGA